CACCGAACAAUUUGAAUUUGCUACGCGCAUGAGGGGCGGGGGGUUGGGUUGGAAAAAUUUAAAGAUGAGUUUUGAAUUUGUAAUUCCGGUAUCUAAGGAUGACUUGCUUCGCAAAAGUAACAUAAAUGAGUAUGUCGUGGAUGAAAUCCUGCCACUUCGACUUAUUCCGAGUGGUGUUCAAGAUUUCCGAGUAGCUGCUCACUCGAAUUGUUUGGCUAUCUUGGAAAAUUUUGACUCACUGUUCAGUGUUUUGUGCUUGUAUAAGGAUGUGGACAGUGAUGUUAAGGAAGAAGUAUGGGACAUUCUUAUCAAGGCUUGCAACAGUUUGGCCAAUCGGUUAUCGGAGGUUGUGGAGGGUGGUAACCUUGACCAGUGUAACCGCGUCAAGUACCUGAAUGCUGUGAAGAUGACAUGCUACCUGCUGUGUAGCUUCAUGGAGCAGUUUGAGGCGGAGCAGCUCAAACCCGGGGCCUUUGAGAUCAACAUGGGCAAGAAACGGACAAAAAAGAAGAAAGAUGUGUUGACGAGCGGACUCGACUGGGACAAGGAGAGAGACAACGGACUGAAAGCUGUGUUAAACUUACUGCAUGUCAAUCUCUGUAGACUGUGGGACCCGCCUGUCGCCGAGGAGGAAUUUGUCAGUCUGAUCAGUAACUGCUGUUACAAGCUGCUGGAGAAUCCAGGGAUCGCGAAAGUCAUCCAGAAGGACACCCGUGACUCGAUCUCGCACAUUCUCGGAAUACUUAUCAAGAAGUACAACCAUGCACUAGGGGCUAGCCUUAAAGUGAUGCAGCUGCUGCAACACUUCGAGCACACAGUUUCACCUCUCACCCAGGCAGUGGAGUUGGUCGUCAUUGAAUACGGAGCCAAAAGUGUUGCUUCGGAAAUAAUGAGAGAAAUUGGCCGGAUAGAUCCCGAGGACUUAGCGCGUGACGCGUCGGGAACCCGCUCGUACUCCACCUUUCUUGUGGAGCUGGCCGAGAAAAUCCCCGCAGUGAUGUUGUCAAGCAUCAGUGUGCUUAUUGGCCACUUGGAUGGAGAGUCUUACUCCAUGAGGAAUGGGGUGCUGGGUGCUAUGGGUGAAAUCCUCAUUCGAGUCCUGUCGAAGGAUAAUCUGGACGACAAAAUGAAGAACGACAGAGACAGCUUCUUCAACAGGCUAGAGGACCACAUUCAUGAUGUUAAUUCAUUCGUGCGAAGUAAAGUCCUGCAAAUUUGGCUUAACAUUGUAGGAGAAAAGUGUCUGCCACUCCCGCGACAGGAGCACCUGACCAACCUGGUUCUGGGACGACUGCAGGACAAAACAAGUCAGGUCAGGAAGUACGCCAUUCAGCUGAUGACCGCGCUCCUCAAGUAUAACCCUUUCGCUGCUAAGCUACCAAUACAAGAACUGCAAAUGAACUACGAAACUGAAAAACAGAAGCUACAGAAUAUGAUGCCUGAGGCUCCAGUGCCAGAGACUAUUGAUGACCAGAUGACCAAGUUCCUGGAGGAGUGGCAGGCGAUAGAGAAAAACCUGUUGACGUGCAUCGCCGACCCCAGCAAUCUUGCUAACACUUCUGUUCACAUGGAGGAGGAGGAGACUCUAGACAGUGUAACAACGAAAAUCUAUGACUUCCUGAAUGAAGGAAAACAUGUUGAGGCGAUUCAGUAUUUCAAGGCAGCACAGGAAGCUUGGCCGGAAAGUUGCUCUUCUCAGAAAACAGCCGACAGUGAACAAGACAAACUGUCGCAGUCCUCAGACACGAGCAUGGAGGUCGACAACAAUGGAAGCAAAGAUGACAUCCCAUCCUCAGGUCAAGUGGGAGAAAUCAUUUUAUGUCUGAAGGAAAUUUUUAUUGGCAAUCGGAAAAUCUCUGUGUUAACAAAGUCUGUAUCCGAGGAGACCGAGUCACAGGGAGAUGUCGUCAACGAGGUGUCUAAACAACAGAUCCUAGUCCAGUAUCUCCAGGACUCGCUGACAUUUGCCAGACAAGUACAAGAGUCGGUACCCAUUGUGUGCCAGCUCCUGUCGUCCAAAAACACCUCCGAUGUGUUUGAGGCCAUUGAGUUUUUCGUAACGGGGUUUGAGUUUGGCGUGUCAGCAACCAUAAUCGGAAUCCGCAGAAUUCUGGCACUGAUCUGGUCCCGGGAGGUGACAGUGAAGGAAGCCGUAGUGAACGCCUACAAGAAGCUCUAUCUCAAUCCCCAGGGUGGAAAUCAGAGAUCAAAAGCUCUUGCCAUAGUGAAGAAUCUGUCUGCGCUGACACGAGGAGUUACUCUGGGUGAACUGAUGUCACUCGAACAGCUGAUAGUUGAGCUGGUGAAGAGUGGCGACAUCGGGUCAAGUGUCAUUCAGAUGUUGUGGGAGAUGUUUACACUGAAGAUCUCAAACACACCGCCGGAGGAAAGCCGAGGAGCUCUGUCUCUCAUCGCUAUGGUUGCCGGUGCGGAAUCAGACCUAGUGUGCAGCAACAUAGAUGUUCUGGUGAGCGAGGGUCUGGGUCCUCGUGCAGAGACUGACUACCUACUGGCACAGGAGGCGUGUCUCGCCCUCAACAAGCUGGGGGCGGUGAUCAAGGUUAGAGGAGAAGUUAGCCCGAAACCGUUCAAACUUCCUGAAAGUCACGAGGCAUUCUCCAGAUUGUCUCACCUCCUCGUUACCGGUGUGGCAAACAUUGAGAACAAUUACUGGAUUCCUCUGAGUGAACAGGCCGUGAAUGUGAUCUACCGACUGUCGGAGAACCCUGAUGCGGUGUGCGGCACGAUAAUCAAGAAACUGGCCGAUGUCAUGUGCAAGUCGUUCACAGAAGAAGAAGGCCAGGGUGAUGGUAACGCAUCUGUUUCUACCACGUCGACAUGUAUUCUCACUCGCCUGUUGUCUAUGGCGGGUCACGUGGCUGUGCGACAACUCAUUCAUCUGGACGUGGACAUAUUUGGAGAGCUCAAGAGACGCAGGGCUAUGCAGGAUGAAAAGAAGAGCAAGCACAAAACUAAACACAUCAAAACGAAGAAGCGAUGUCACUAUGAGUCUGCGGUGAGUGACAGUACAGAGGUGAUAGAGGAAGAACUUGGUCUGGCCGGGGCGGCUGCUGAAGACGCGGAGGCAGAGUUCAUCCGAAAAGUCUGUGAACAGGAGAUCGUUACAGGUGACAACCUUUUAUCCGUUCUGACACCUGUUCUUGUGUCUGUGUGUAGUAACCAACAGAAGUACCCCGACCCCAGACUACGAACUGCUGCAACACUAGCACUGUCUAAAUUCAUGUUGGUCAGUUCGGAGUUUUGCGAGAGUCACCUGCCCCUGCUGUUCACACUGCUGGAGAAAUCUCCGAACCUAGUGAUUAGGUCAAAUGCGAUUAUUGCCCUUGGCGAUCUCACGUUUAGAUUCCCUAAUCUCAUCGAGCCCUGGACUCCACAUCUUUACGGACGCCUUCGUGACGAUUCACCACUGGUGCGAAAGAAUACCCUUCAAGUGCUAACCCGCCUCAUUCUUAACGACAUGGUAAAGGUCAAAGGUCAGAUUAGUGAGCUGGCUUCCUGCGUUGUCGACCAUGAUGACCAGAUCUCAAAUCUUGCCAAACUCUUCUUCCUCGAACUCUCCAAAAAGGGAAAUGCAUUGUACAACGUGAUGCCCGACAUCAUCAGCCGACUGUCUGACCCGGAUGUUGGUGUCGAUGAAGAGAGUUUUCAAACAAUAAUGGGCUUCCUGUUUUCCUUCAUCCAGAAAGACAAGCAGUGUGAAAGCCUCGUGGAGAAACUUUGUCACAGAUUCCGGGCAACUAGAAUCGAGAGGCAGUGGAGAGAUCUGUCCUAUUGUUUGUCCAUGUUGUCAUACAAUGAGAAGAGUUUACGCAAACUUCAGGAGAACUUUGCCUGUUUCUCGGACAAACUGCACGACAACAGGGUAUACAGCUGCUUCACCAGUAUUGUGAAGAAGUCCUGUAGUUUCACCAAGCCAGAAACAAAGACACUUCUAGAUGAACUUGAAGAACGUCUUACUCAGUGUCACACUAAGGGGGCUGAGGAAGAUGAAAUUGCUCAAAAAGCCAGCAAGGCAUCGGACGCCGCUUCCCAUCGGAAUAAAGCUCCCAGAACACCAGCCAGAACACCAGGGCGUAGAAAAGCGAACAAGGAAAACCUUCCGUGUAAUGAGGAGAGCCCGGGACCAGGGCGGAGAACACGGAAGAAGAAAACUAAACCCAAGAUAUCGUUCAGCUCUGACGAAGAGGAGGAGGUGCCAGUCUUUGAUGUUGAUGAAGGUACAGAAAUGAACGAGAAUGAGAAGAGCGACGAUGAACUGUUUUUACCUCUCUCGCCAGUCUCGCGCUCCGGUAAGAAGACUCGAGAUGGAAAAGUGCAACUGGGCCGCAGGCACGGACUUUCCUCAGUCCAGUAAUUCCACGGACUUUCCUCAGUCCAGUAAUUCCACAGACUUUCCUCGGUCCAGUAAUUCCACGGACUUUCCUGAGUCCAGUAAUUCCACGGACUAGCUCAUCUUUCCACACAUCGGACAAGAUUAUCCAUUUGAAUGUUCCAUCAUCAAUCAUCUUUACAACAAUAACCCUUAAAACAGGCUCUUGCUUUCAACUUUGAAACUUAUUAGAUAUAACAUCCCACGUAUGUCAGUCCUUCACUUCUGAGCUGCUUUAACCCAACCCGGCUCCAGUGUUUGAAUAUCAUUAUACCGAUUCAGUGACUGUGCUAUUCAAAACAUUUUUGUCAAUAUAUGCAAGUUUCACUCAGGAUUGUUCGUAUGGAACACAAAUCAUUCACCUGGAGCUUAUGAGGAGAGUGAUUUAUCACUAUAUCACUGUUUAUAAUUAGUUCUUAUACAGUGAAUCUCCUCUAAACCGGACACCCUCGGGACCAGGUAAAAUGUCCAGUUUUAAGAGGUAUCCGGUUUAGAGAGGUUCUCUUCUGUACAGAUAUUUAAAAGGGGGCCCGGAAAAAACGUCCGGUUUUGAGGG